AUGGAGGUCUUUUCCAAAUAUUUCCGACGUCUUUUAACGGGCAACGCCCCUCAGAUCUUCCCGGGCCUCAACAGAUCGGUUGAAAAUGCGGGAAACUACCCUCUCCUCGUUCAAGAGAUGCAGAAAGUGUCUCAAGAUAUAGAACAAGCACAGAAGAUUGCGGAGUCCGUUGAUACCUCGGAGGGCGACAUCUUUCGCGACUUCGAUCUUUCCACAUUCCUCGAUCACUUCAAACUCGACCCCCUUGUGAAAGUUGCCCUUGCUUUGGCCUUCAAAACUGCAACGAAGUCGGAUCUUCGUGCUAAAGCCGACGCCAUCCUUUCCAACUCCAUCAAUCCCUUCCUCCAGAGUCUCGCGAACCCAACCGAUGUGACCAAGGAAUAUAUGAACGCGUUCGUUGGCUUCGUGAUUGAACGCUUCAUUCUGUACCCCCCCCGCAAUUUCACCGACGAUGUGAAAUCCAAGCUGGUGUAUGCGACCAAUUUGCGCUACCAGAAACUGGGAGUGGAUAUGCCAUUUGAGGUGGCGUCCGCUCUGCAAAUGUUCAAUUUUGUCAACCCGAGGUACACUUUGGUGCGCCAAUUCCAUUCAAAGGGACCGAAGGCCACGUCGAGCGUCGAUGCGGUGAAAGAAGUGGUCGCCGCAGCCGGAUCGGAUUGCUGGAGCGAAGAACAUAUCGCGAGUGCGUUGCUCUUUCUCGUCCUGGCUCAGUACUGGCGGGAUUUCUCUUUGGAGACUUACUUGGCCGCCGUGAAGUCUCAUUACGGAGAAAAGCAGCUCAACUGGCCUCUUAUCUUCCGUAAUUUUGACCGCGAGGGCCUCAGGAUCGAUGCACGACAAUUCGCCAAGUUGUAUUCUGUUUUGCUAGCAGCUGCCGCCGAAGAUUCGACCCUCGAUGUUCAGAAGCUUUGGGGUGGAGACUGGGAACAUCGUGAUACCCAGUUGUCGUUCUUGACGGCUUUCAUUGGCUCCAGGACCGACGUAUCCCAAAUCCCCAAUCUCCGCGCAACAUUUCCCCCCGACUUCUUUGCGGAAGGCCCCGAACUUGUUCGCCUUCAAGGGGAGCGCGCAACAAAGUCGCCUCUUCGGUCGUUGGAUGCCAUGAGAGCUAUCUUUGAUCUGGCGCUCUUCUCCCAAGCCGCCUGGGCUGCAACGGAAAGCCAAAUGCUUAUUAAGACGGUCGUACAGCAUGAUCUUCCAGUCUUCCUAUGUUCCGCACUAGCUCUUCCUCAGCCGUGGACAAACGUCCAGCAGAGCUUUGCUCUGCGAACGCUCAUUGUAUUCAUAUUGAAGCAGGAGGAAGGCUAUCAGCUUGCACUCCACGGCGCAUGGCAUCAAGAUCGGCAAUGGGUAGCAGAACAAUUGUUCACCACAUUCACGCAGGAUCCGACCUCAACUGCUGCCAUUUACGAGCACGCCGUGGAGUACAACUGGCUCGACUAUCUCCUUGGCUACACAAAUGGCCUGGCUAUGGAUCUUGCCUGUUACGCUCACCGCAAGAAGCCUUUUGACCUGGAACAGUGGGUUCGCAACGCUGCCCAGAAAGGCCCUAUGGACAUGGGCAGCCUGUUGUCCCGGUUCUUGAGGAUCAAAGCGGAAGAUGAACUCCACGUUCAGAGAAGGGAACAACCUGCUCCUCAGAUGGUCAGCCUUUCCGUGAAGACCGUCUAUACCUUGCUCUCGGUGCUCGAGGAGUACGUCGGAGACCGUGAAAAUCUUACACCGGUGCAACGAAUUUGCAUCCAGACGUAUCCUCGCUUGAUCAAUUACGGGGAGGGCUUCGAUGACAUUAUCGAUGCAAACGGCGAAAAUGGCAACGCCCUUCCCGAGGCCGUCGACAAACAAAUGCAGGACUUGUUCGGCAAGAUGUACCACGAGGAGCUGUCCUUGAGAGAAAUUUUGGAGCUGAUGCGCCGGUACAAAUCCUCACGCGAGCCUGCCGAGCAAGAUCUCUUCGCUUGCAUGGUCCAUGGCCUGAUCGACGAGUACCACUGUUACAACGAAUACCCCCUGGAGGCCUUGACGAAAACAGCUGUCAUGUUUGGUGGUAUCAUCAACUAUAGGCUGGUCGAUGGUAUUACGUUAAAGGUCGGCCUUGGAAUGAUUCUGGAAGCAGUGCGGGAGCAUGAAAUGCAUGACCCUAUGUUCAAGUUCGGAGUUGAGGCAAUCGAACAGUUAAUGAGCCGCCUUCCCGAAUGGGCUGGCUUCUGCCAUCUUCUCCUACAGAUUCCCACCUUACAAGGGACCCCGAUCUUCCAGAAGGCCGAAGAGGUGCUACAUGAGCAAGGUGGUCAAGUCAGAGACUCGGAGGCAGCGAGAGCCGACAAUACUCCCGGGAUAACUACGGCCAAUGGAAGUGCGGACGAGACCGCCGCCACGGAUGGAUCAGGUCGCAAGUUUAUCUCGAUCCACGUUGACCCGCCACUCCGACCUGAAGUUUACCAUGACCCCGAUGAGGAGGUGCAAGACAAGAUUCUUUUCGUGUUGAACAACGUUUCAGAACAAAACAUCGAGGAGAAAUUACAAGACCUCACUGAUGUUCUACGCGAUCAGCAUCACCAAUGGUUUGCUUCCUACCUGGUCGAAGAACGUGCAAAGCUGCAACCCAACUUCCAGCAGCUGUACCUCGAUCUCCUUGACCGUAUCAAUGAUAAGAUGCUGUGGUCCGAAGUUCUUCGCGAGACGUACGCCAGUGUGUCCAAAUUGCUCAAUUCCGAGAAUACACUGAACUCGUCAACCGAUCGUGGCCAUCUGAAGAAUCUCGGGGCAUGGCUCGGGUCAUUGACCAUAGCCAAGGACAAGCCUAUCAAACAUAAGAAUGUGUACUUCAAGGGGCUUCUUUUGGAAGGGUUUGAUAGCCAGCGGCUGACGAUUGUGAUCCCAUUCACCUGUAAGGUGCUAGUGCAAGCUCACAAGUCUACCGUUUUCAAACCGCCCAAUCCAUGGCUCAUGGAUAUCCUUGCCCUCUUGAUGGAGCUCUAUCACUUUGCGGAGUUGAAGUUGAAUCUCAAGUUCGAAAUAGAAGUCCUCUGCAAAGACCUUGACCUUGAUCACAAAACGAUCGAACCUUCUGUUAUUAUUCGCGACCGGUCCGCGCACAUUGAAGAUGCUCUAUCGACGGCGAAUAUCCCAGAUGGACUCGAAGCGUUUGAAGAUAUGACUCUCACAGGCAUCAACCAGGGCAUUCGACAUGAGAGAAUGUCUCCCGCCGCCAUCAUGUCGACUCUCCCAAGCCUCGACAAGAUCCUCGUCCUGCCAUCCUCGGCGAGUAGCAUGGUUGACCCUAAUGUUCUUAGACAAAUCGUGCACAGUGCCGUGGAAAGGGCUAUCGCGGAGAUCAUAACUCCUGUUGUGGAACGGUCCGUAACUAUCGCUUCCAUCUCCACCGUCCAACUGGUGUCGAAGGAUUUCGCUAUGGAGCCCGACGAGGAGAAGGUCCGUCAUGCGGCCGGCAUCAUGGUGCGCCAACUUGCUGGCAGCCUGGCUCUUGUCACCUGCAAGGAGCCCCUCAAAGUCAGCAUGACCAAUUAUAUUCGGAUGAUUCAACAGGACUACUCAGACCAGCCUAUGCCUGAGGGACUCAUUUUGAUGUGUGUCAAUGAUAACCUGGAUGCUGCCUGCGGCAUUGUCGAGAAAGCAGCAGAAGAAAAAUCUCUCCCCGAAAUCGAGAAAGUCAUCGAGCCUCAAUUAGAGGCUCGCCGACGUCAUCGUGCUGCUCGUCCCAAUGAACCGUUCAUCGAUCCUUCUAUGAACCGCUGGGGUCUUUUCAUUCCCGAGCCUUACCGUCAAGCCCCGGGUGGCCUGAACAAGGAACAGCUGGCUAUUUAUGAAGAGUUCGCACGCCAGUCUCGGGGACCAAGCACGGCUCACGUCCAAAACGUGUCUACCGACUCUGGUCGGCAGCUUCCAGAUGUCCUUCAAGAAUCUUAUCCCGCAAUUCCCAACCUUUCCACACCUGCAGAGCAACCUGCUGUUCCCCACAGGACGCCGCAAGCACAGCAGGAAGCUCGUUUGCAACAGUCGGGACUUGUUGGGGCUCAGUCUCAGCUGAACGGAUUCCUCGAGGCACAGAAUCCCCGUGAAAAGGUUGAAACCUUAGUCUCUGAGCUCCAACAGGCGGCACGAAAUGCACCGGAGGAGCGCGUCAAAGAACUCGGCAGGGAUAGCAAUGUGUUGCAGGAGUACAACCAAGUUUUGCGUGCUAUCCUCGCCUCGCCAAAUGGCGAAGAGUUGGCCAGGCUGAUGUCCUUGAAGAUAUGCAGCAUCCUCUAUUCGCAAACCCAGGGGACCCUAGAGAUUGAAGUGCUGGUACACCUUCUCGCCAAAUUGUGUGACAUGUCUUCUCUGGUCGCGCGGUAUGCCUGGGCGGUUCUGUCGGAGGUUGAUGACGAGCACAUGUUCAACGUUCCAGUGACUGUCGCCCUCAUCGACGCUGGUCUCAUGGAUAUCCGCCGCGUUGAUAUGAUAUUGACGAGACUCAUCCUCCAGAAGAACACCGCUGCGCUGGAUGUGCUCGCCAAUCUCAUGGACCGAGUCCUCUUCAACGAAGAGCCAUCGGCCCUGAGAUCAGAUUUCUCCGGCAGUCUUGAAGCAAUGAGCCAAUGGUUGGCGGAAGAUUCCAAUGUUUCUACUGCCAACGAAAUUAUCCGCAAGUUGCGCGAGUCUGGGAUUCCGGAAGUGGUUAACCCCCUCCUCAGUGACAAGGCCAGAUCCAAACGGGACCAGAUGGAGUAUAUUUUCAGCGAAUGGGUUGGUAUUUAUAAGGCGCCUGGAGCAAUUGAUCGCACCUAUCACUCCUUCCUGAAGGACUUGCACCAGCGGCAGGUUAUGGACAACCAGGAAGACUCAGCCCUCUUCUUCCGCCUGAGCAUCGACAUUUCCGUCGCGAUCUUUGAGCAUGAGUCGCAGAACCCCAGCGGUAGCCUGGAUGAGGCAUUCCUCUACAUCGAUGCGCUCGCCAAGCUAGUCAUCCUGCUUGUCAAGUUCCAGGAUGAAAGCGCGGGAGCCGCGAAGACUAGCAAGUCUGAUUACUUCAACUCGAUCCUGUCGUUGCUUGUCCUUGUGCUGAACCAUCAUCACGUUAUGAGAGGUGAGACAUUCAACCAGCGGGUGUUCUUCCGGCUUUUUUCGAGCAUACUCUGCGAAUACUCCAUCAAUGGACUCCAGCACACCGAACAACACCAGGACAUGAUGUUCGCUCUUGCCAACAAAUUCCUGUCUCUGCAACCGAAGUACAUCCCAGGGUUCGUGUACGGAUGGCUUUCGUUGGUCUCGCACAGGUUCUUCAUGUCUGGGAUGCUUAACAUGCCGGAGCGAACCGGCUGGGGGCCAUAUUGUGAAAUCAUGCAAGCCCUACUGGCUUACAUCGGGGAGCAGCUGAAGCCUGCCAAUAUCUCCUAUGUUGCGAAGGAUCUGUACAAGGGUGUUCUUCGCAUCCUGCUCAUUCUGCACCACGAUUUCCCUGAAUUCGUGGCGGAGAACCAUUUCCAAUUCUGCAACGUCAUCCCAGCCCACUGUGCUCAGCUUCGCAACCUUGUCUUGAGCGCUUACCCGUCGUCGUUCCACAAACUACCCGACCCUUUCCGGGAAGGUCUCAAGGUGGAACGCUUAGAGGAGAUGCGGGAAGCCCCGAGAAUCGCGGGUGACAUUGCCGCUCCCUUGCAGCGUGCCAACAUCAAGAGUGUGGUUGACAGUGCACUUCAGAGCAGCUUGUCUGAGCCCGCUCUCCAGCAGAUCUGUGAUGCUGUGUACAAUCCCCAGACGAAAGAAACCGGGCUCUUUUAUACUCCUAUCAACGUGAACGUUGUCCUGCUGAAUGCUCUGGUUCUCUAUGUUGGACAAGGCGCCGUCUCCGCCAAUGCUUCCAAGGGAAACAUCCGCGCCGCCUUCGACAAUUCGCCGAAUUCCGCGUUCUUGGAGACGCUAGCUAAGGCGUUGCGCCCUGAGGCUCGUUACUACCUACUGAGCGCAAUGGCGAACCAGCUCCGAUACCCCAACAGCCAUACAUACUUUUUCAGCUUCGCAAUUCUCCGGUUGUUUGGGGCGGACUAUUCGGAACAGGACGAGUCCGACAUCAGACAGCAGAUCAUCAGGGUUCUCCUUGAACGGCUCAUCGUCCACCGUCCUCAUCCCUGGGGAUUGAUCAUCACUCUGCAGGAACUGCUCCAGAACCGGAGCUAUACCUUCUUCCGCCUCCCCUUCAUUCAGGCUGCGCCUGAGAUUGGUCGUCUUUUCGAUGCCCUCCUGCAGCAUAUUCAACAACAAAGUCCUAGAGCAUUGGCCUAG